GAUUACUCUGACGGGAAAUGGGUGAGGAGCGGCACAACGGAUGCUAUGACAUACGGGGAGGACUGCCCGUUCCUCGACCCCGGCUUCCGCUGCGUGCAAAAUGGGCGAAAUGACUCUUCCUUCCGCCACUGGCGUUGGCAACCUCGCCGCGGCAGCUGCCGCCUCCCUAAGUUCAACGCGACGGAUAUGCUGGAGAGGAGCCGGAACGGCCGGAUCGUGUUCGUCGGUGACUCCAUUGGUCGCAACCAGUGGGAGUCCAUGUUGUGCAUGCUCGCUGCUGCCAUGCCGGCCGGUUCGAGGAUAUACGAGCAGUUCGGGAAGCCUCUGAGCCGGCACAAAGGCUAUCUCUCCAUGGUCUUUGCGGACUACAACCUCUCCGUGGAGUACUACCGCGCACCAAUGCUCGUCAUG